UACAUAAGUUUAAUGGCCUGUAAAAGCUGGAUAUGAUUAAUUAAAGUAAUCGAUAUGUGAUGUCCACAGUAACUAAUCGGAUUCAUGUAUUGGAAAUAGAUUUUGUGCGUGAUGAAGAUUUAAUGUUAAACAUCGUUAAAAGCGUAUUAUUGACUAUGGAGGAUUUGAUAGGAAAACAGGUGUUCGGACAUUUGACAUAGGAUAUUGUUGAAUUAAUUGUUUUCUAAAAUGACCAAAAUACGAAUAAAAUAUAAACGUGGAUUUGAGAUAAGUAUAAGUCUGAGUAAUAUUGAGUAAUAUAACACCCACUCCAAUUUGAGAAGGCUCAGUUGCUCAAAUUUUAAAUUGAUUUUUUAGAUUAAACGACCUCAAUUUUAAAUCGGCCACUAAUUUGAAUAAGUAUAGAAAAAGUACAGAAAUAUUGUAACUUAUACAUUUGGUUUGCACUAUGGAUUUAUACAGAGAAAUUGUGUAGAUUCUUUCUAUGUUACUGGUUCUUUAGAGGUCACCGUCAUUUAUUCUAAAGGUCGCACGGCAAACCCAAAGGAGUUGAAGUUGUGUAAAUAUGCAACUGUUGUAAACCCAGUUAGUCAUAAUCAAAAUUGGUUGCACAUCCGAUUCUUGUUACUGUACAUAAAGAUGGAUUAUGCGUCCGAUUUGAGGCUUUACGUGACAGAUUUAUAAAUGUCCCUAGUAUCAAACGUUACAUUAUGUUUCACUGUUGUGGAUUGUCCUAGGUCUACACAGCGACUGGUUGACGGCCUCUUACGCACCGUCUGCAAAAUAUCGACUAAGAGCUACAGUUCAUUACUGUACCCUUCACUAGGAUUACCAAAGAAAAUGAAGUUAUACACCAAAUCUGCACCCUACUUUAAUCGCCUUCAUGGUAGCACUUACCAACAAUUUCGGCAUAACUUUUUCGAACAUGACCCGCAGAUCCUUAAACCACCCCCGAUCAAAAUGUUUGAUAUAUGUAUGCCACAUAAUGCGGCUUGUGGAAACGGCAACUCAUCAUAUCAGUCAUUCAAACUUUAGGUAUAUACACAACUCCGUUAUUUUUAAAGCUUCUCUUGGAACAAAAUAAAACAAUAUAAAAAAUGUUCUGGAAUAGGUAAAAGAUUUGCUAAACUUUUUGGUAUAAACAAUUUGUUAUCUCGAAAUAUUUUUUGAGAAUUUGAGUACACGUGAAUCACAUGAGUUUAAAUUAAUAAUACUUCAGGUGUCAUAACAUCUACCUACCUUUUCUGACCGUUUGUAUUCAGAACUGACAAAUUAACAGAGGUUGCGUUGAUGUUACAAACAUUUAAUGCACUGUACUAAACUAGGUUUAAUAAUUCUUUUUAAUUAAAAAUUCCUUAUAGUGAUCACAUGUGUUCAAUUAAUUUUUAUGUCAAACUCAGAGCUGACAACUAAGUUAUGAAUUACUUUUCGUUUCUUAUCAUGAUGUUUUAAUGGAAAACCCUUUGCUCAGGUACCCUUGUUAAAAAGAAGAAGUGCAGGUUUAUAAUCGAGGCUCAUAGCUCACUUUAAUAAUUGUGUUCUCCUGUUGUUUUUUCCUCCUAUAGAUUAAUUUUCAUCAGUUAUAAAGAUGUAUGCUUGUUUUAUAAAACAUUGAAAUUGCUAAAAUUUAUUCGAAAUAACCAGGUCUAUGAAUAAAAAAACGAUGUUUAUCAUUACAAUUAACUGCUAGGCUUGACUGGUUAACAUGAAAAAAUAUUAUAAUGGAGCUUGAGUUUUGCCUUAAAUCUCUACGAAUUGUCUCAAGUUCGGGUGAAACAGAUGGAAUAACAUUACAGAUUGAACAAUACAUUUUCUUGAAGUAGAAGUACACAUUGCAAUAGUUGUUUAUUUACAGCGUAAGAGUAAAACGUCAAUGACUUGCACGUUACAUCAGCCUAACUAUUGCCCUAUUUUUCUGUCAGGCACAUUCUACAAUUCCGGCCAAACAACAUUUGACUGCGUCACUUGUAAUCGCUCCUACAAGUACAAGCGGGACCUUACAAGACAUCUUCGCUACGAGUGCGGCAAACCGCCGCAGUUCGCUUGUCCCCACUGUCCGUACAAGGCGAAGAAGAACAGCAGUUUAAAGUCUCACAUAGUCUUCAGGCAUAGGAACGUUUUCUCUUAACAACUCAUCGACGUGCUGAUUUCCACAUGGUAUUCUCACCAGUUCAUACAAGGUUUUCGCAUUCAAUUUUUUGUUAUGUAAAUACAGAAAACUACUUUACAACAAAUGUUGAUAUUAUAAUAUUCUAAGUGUAAAUUAUGUCUUAGUUAACUUUUUUACCCUAAUUUUUGUAAUAUUCCUUUUGUCACAAGUUUAUAUCCUAUUUUUUUUAUUUGUAUGGAAUCACGUUUCAAAUUAUAUAUUCAAACCACAAAAUAGUUUUCUUUAAAUCUUUUUUUACAAUAUUUUACUGUAUAAAAAGAGUUCACAACAGUAGAAUAUCAACAAUACAUAUUAUUUUACAAAUUUUGACAGUUUGACGUAAAGAAUAGAGGAAUGUUCCAAAGAAACAAUAAAGUGUUAUCAGUUAAAAUUAAAUAAUUUAACAAAUAUUUACGAGUUACAAAUAUUUGUAUGCAUAUUCACGAUAUUUAUUUUUUGAGAUUCCAUCAUAUGUUCUGCAGCAUUAAUAGAAUCUUUCUUUUCUGUAUUGGCAGGUGUACAACUGUACGACGAGUUGCAGCGAUACAUUAUGUGCAACUACAACUGAUUGUUGCUAUUCAUUGAUUUGUAGGCAGUGUUCGAUACUGUUGUCCGAGAUGUUGCCGAACAUACAAGAACAAGCGAGACUUGUGCCGUCACCAGAGGCUCGAGUGCGGCAAACAGCCGAGGAUGUGCUGUCCUCUGUGCGAGUACAAGUGUAAACGUAGGGAUAAUCUGAAGACACACAUCUACCUCAAGCACAGAUGAGUGCACUGACAGUUCCCAAUGUCAUUUUUGUGAUCGCAUGCCAGACUGUAGACCCACAUUCAUGUGUGGCUUGUGCGGGCGAAAGUACUUUCACAAGAAGCAUCUGAACCGCCACCAGCGCUACGAGUGCGGCAAGGACCCCCAGUUCGCUUGUCCCUACUGUCCCUACCGGGCCAAACAGAAGAUCUGCAUCAAGGCGCAUCUUCGCCGCAAACACCCGAUGUUCUUCGAGACCACAUACUCGGGAUAGGUUGAACGUUACACUCGUCGUGAUAUGUGUUGUGUCCUUCCAUAGUCUGUGUUGGAAAUAAAUGUUAUAUUCUAUGUUGUA